UCCCAACUCGACCCGGACUCCACUUCACGAGCAUUGAAUACGUUGACAUCACACAGCUGCGUUGACUCGUAGCUCCAGCCAUAGCUGAUCAUGUCUCAAUCAUUGCGCCCUUACCUGCAAUGCGUCCGCUCCUCCCUCACCUCCGCACUCUGCUUAUCGAACUUCGCAUCCCAGACGUCUGAGAGGCACAAUGUUCCCGAAAUCGAAGCACAGACAUCCCCAGAGGUGCUGCUGAACCCCCUCACAAUUUCCCGCAACGAGAACGAGCGUGUGCUCAUCGAGCCGAGUAUCAACAGCAUCCGCGUCAGCAUUAAGAUCAAGCAGGCAGACGAGAUCGAGCACAUCUUGGUGCACAAGUUUACGAGGUUUUUGACUCAAAGAGCUGAGGCGUUCUUCAUUCUGCGCAGAAAGCCAGUGAAGGGAUAUGAUAUCUCAUUCUUGAUUACGAACUUCCACACCGAGGAGAUGUUGAAGCACAAGCUGGUUGACUUCAUCAUCCAAUUCAUGGAGGAGGUAGACAAGGAGAUAUCCGAGAUGAAGCUCUUUUUGAACGCAAGGGCGAGAUUCGUUGCCGAGUCGUUCUUGACACCUUUCGACUAAAGAGAUACUUCUGUUUUAUGACCUUGUAGCGUUUUGAUGUAUAUAUCAAAAUGCAUAUUGCGCGGCGUUGACGGAUCAAAAUAAAUCCUACUAAGACAUUGAUAUAGCUUUUCAUGACACUAUUGCUUCCAAUACUCUGAAUUACAUAUCCCAUGACUGCUCUAUGUGCUUUGGUUGUCUUCCCAAGUGGAUGAAGAUAGCACUAUGGCAGAUGAUCAAAUGAACCUGAACUGUUUCCUCGUCAGUAUGGACUUGGGAAACUGACCCAACAUUGAAAGAGAUCUCUGGAAGUAAAUUCCUUAUUUUGUCUUGCUACGUGACUUCCAAGGUUGGGUUGGCAUUUAAUAUGUGCUCUUGAUACAAUUCCAUUGUGUUGCCUCUCUUUCACUGCCC